UUUUUUUAAUGUUGUACUAAUUUUGGCGUAAAUAUAAUUAAUUGAUAAAUAAAAAAAAUAUUUUCCAAUUUACUCCCGAUACACCCUUUUAAGUGUUUUGAAGUAUAAAAGGAAGAUAGUCAAAUUGUUUAGGCAUUGAUGAUAAGAUGCCAUUCUUCAAAACCCCUUUCAAUGGCUACUCAGUCAAAUUCAGUCCCUUCUACGAGAACCGCUUAGCCGUAGCCACCGCCCAAAACUUCGGAAUCCUCGGCAACGGCCGUCUUCACGUCCUCGACCUCUCCCCUUCUCCCGGCGGCCCAAUCACCGAGCUCGCCGGAUACGACACCGCCGACGGAGUCUACGACAUCGCAUGGUCCGAAUCCCACGAUUCCUUACUCGUCGCCGCCAUAGCCGAUGGCUCCGUCAAGCUCUACGACCUAGCUCUUCCACCCACUUCAAACCCCAUUCGCUCUCUCAAAGAACACACUCGCGAAGUUCAGUCCGCCGAUUACAACCCUAUUCGCCGCGAUUCUUUCAUAACCUCGUCUUGGGACGAUACGAUCAAGCUGUGGACUUUAGAUCGACCCACGAGUGUACGGACUUUCAAGGAACAUGCGUACUGCGUCUACGCCGCUGUUUGGAACCCUCGUCACGGCGAUGUUUUCGCUUCUGCUUCGGGGGAUUGUACCGUACGGAUCUGGGAUGUUCGUGAGCCUGGAUCGACUAUGAUUCUACCUGCUCACGAGUUUGAGAUUCUCUCGUGUGAUUGGAACAAGUACGACGAUUGUUGUAUCGUUACUGGUUCGGUGGACAAAUCGAUUAAGGUUUGGGAUGUGAGGAGUUUCAGAACACCUGUUUCGGUUCUUAAUGGACACGAGUAUGCAGUUAGGAAGGUGAAAUUUUCUCCUCAUAGACAGAGUUUGAUUGUUUCUUGUUCGUAUGAUAUGUCUGUUUGUUUGUGGGAUUAUAUGGUUGAAGAUGCUCUUGUUGGGAGGUAUGAUCAUCAUACUGAAUUUGCUGUUGGAGUUGAUAUGAGUGUUCUUGUUGAUGGGCUUUUUGCUAGCACUGGUUGGGAUGAGCUUGUUUAUGUUUGGCAACAUGGCACUGAUCCCAGAGCACCUUAAAAAUAGCUUCUUUUUCUUGACUAUAAUGUGGCUGAGUUUGUUUUGGGCAAUAAUAAAUAAUAGUGUAAUGAUAAUGUUAUGGUAAUGUGUUUUGAUAUAAAUAAAGGUUUGAUUUAGUGCUUCUCUCUGUAAAGAAUACAGAGAAAGACAAAA